ACGCCCCGUGUGAAUGCAGCGUAUAGUUGCUACUACUUACAUGUUUCAGGCGAGCGUUUGGAUGUCCUGCCCGAUGUAGCCUACUGUAAUUACCACAUAGACCAGCUGUUAAUGAUCUGUCCGUCACAGACUGCGUGAUUUCGCCAGUUUUUUUUUCUGCAACUAAGCGACUAAUCAAGUUUUGGUCGACUAAGCCUCUUUUUGCUGACUAUUAGGGGCAGCCCUAUUCAACAGAUUCAUUAAAACUAUCCGAUUCAAAGGAAAGAUUAGUUAACGAAUCAGGCACACAAGUUGUAUGAAUUUCUUUUAUACUUAAUUGUUUUUUUUGUUUCUGUUCAAUGUAAUUGCUUGGAAAAGAGCGACCAGUACACAAUAGAAAUUAUUAUUAUAAUAACAAUUAUUUUGUGUUCUGCAGAAGAAAAGAAAUCAUACAUGUUUGGAACAACAUGAGGGAGAAAGGACCAGAGAUGUUCUGAAUGAAAGGAGGAUCUGGCAGCCUUUCGAUAACAAUGCUGGAGAACUUGAGCGGAGCCCACAUUGAUCGACCCGCCCCUAGAUCAUCCACGUUCAGCUUCUCUGCCCUGUUUGCUCUGCCACACCAUCUUCACAUGGAUGGGAGCAGUCAUCCAUUCAGGAGGACUCUGUACCGGUUGAAGUUAGUGAGUUCUCCAAAUCUGAGUCAGCUGGGGAAAAAUGAAAAGGCUUCAUUAGAGGAGAGAGGAUCAGGCCCUAAUGCCACAUGGAACAGCAUUCACAACGCAGUUAUUGCCGUAUUUCAAAAGAAAGGACUGGCAGACAACGAACUCUAUACACUCAAUGAAGGCGUGAGGCAGCUAUUGAAAACGGAGCUGGGCUCGUUCUUUACGGAAUACCUCCAGAAUCAACUUUUAACUAAAGGCAUGGUCAUUUUACGGGACAAAAUAAGGUUUUAUGAAGGUCAGAAGUUAUUGGACUCUUUGGCUGAGACAUGGGACUUUUUCUUUUGUGAUGUUCUCACUAUGCUUCAAGCCAUCUUCCACCCAGUCCAGGGGAAGGAGCCAUCAGUGCGUCAGCUGGCCCUGCUGCACUUUCGAAACACCAUCACCCUUAACGUGAAGCUGGAGGAGGCUCUGUCCAGACCACGAGCCCGUGUGCCUCCCUCCAUCGUCCAGAUGCUUUUGGUGUUACAGGGGGUUCAUGAAUCCAAAGGUGUUAGUGAAGAAUACCUGAAGCUGGAGUCCCUCAUUCAGACGGUGGUGUCGCCAUACCUGAGCACGCAGGGACUGUGUUCACAUGAGUGCGGCGCCUCUCACUGCUCCUGUGUGAUUGAGAGGCGUUUGCAGUAUUGCUGGUCCAAGUCUGCAGACCUGCCCUCCAGUAACCCAGUAGUGCGCUCCAAAAGCUACAACAUCCCCAUGCUGACCCCCGUGGCUGAGUACGACUCCGAAGUGAGCUCUGUGGGCAGCGUGGGCAUCCGGCGUCACUCCGCAUGCGAUGUCACUUCCUGCAUAGAGCACCAGGGCUAUUCGGCCCUGUCUGUGGGAAUAGAGACCAGCUCAACCCCCAGACUUUCACUGGAUCAUGACCUCACCCUGUCCGGUGUGGUACGAGGGGCCACGGGACAGCCCGUUCUAAUUUCUCCGCCCGUCUUCAUCCACACCUCCGCAGGGUGUCUGCACCCACCAGAUGCCCAGGUGGCUUCAUCCGAUGUGGACAAAGGCCUUUCGUCACCCCCGAGCUGCUCCUCCAGUCCGGAGACGAUCGUAAUGCAGGGGCUGGACUCACUGGAAUCGGAUCCUGAUGGAAUCUUCAUCGACUUUUCCCACUGCCGCUCUGAUUCUUUUGGAACAAGCAGGAAAACUAGCUGAUGGAAUGAAUUGCUGUGAAGAAUCCAUUUCAGAUGAUUGAUUAUAAACUACUACAAUUUUCUGUGAACUUGUGAAGUAGCUCCGUACGUUGUGUAUUUUUAAAACUGGAAUUUCAUUCCAGCAUUGCGCAAAAGCCAAGGCUGUUUUGUGGGAAAAAUGGGAGAGGACUCAAUUUAAAGUGAUUGUUUUCAUAAUGUUCUAAACCUGUGGAUGAAUUUUUGAAUUUUUCUACAUAGAUUUUCAUUGACAAUAGACAUGGAAUAUGUCCAUUUUAUUCAAUCUAGUACUGUCAAAUCAAUUAAUCGCGAUUAAUCUCUUCUAAGAUAAAAAUGUGUUUACAUUUUUUAUAUAUAUAUAUAUAUAUAUAUAUACAUAAUGUGUGUAUAUAUUAUAUUUAAACAAAUUUUUAUCUUAGAAGCAAUCGAUCGCGAUUAUUAGAUUUGACAGUACUAGAUUGUCAAAUUGAUUAAUCAUGAUUAAUCGCUUCUAAGAUUAAAGUUUGUUUAAAUAAAAUAUAUACACACAUAUAAUGUAUUUAAAUGUAAUAUAUAUACACACAUAUUAUGUAAACAAACUUUUAUCUUAGAAGCGAUUAAUCGAUUUGACAGUAUUAGAUUGUCAAAUUGAUUAAUUGCGAUUAAUCGCUUCUAAGAUAAGUUUGUUUAAAUAUAAUAAUAUAUAUACACACACACACACACAUGCAUUUAAAUAUAAUAUAUAUACACAUAUAUUAUGUAAACAAACUUUUAUCUUAGAAGCAAUUAAUCAAUUUGACAGUACUAGAUUGUCAAAUGGAUUAAUCGCGAUUAAUCGCUUCUAAGAAGUUUGUUUAAAUAUAAUAUACACACACAUUAUGUAUUUAAAUAUAAUAUAUAUAUACACACAUUAUGUAAACAAACUUUUAUCUUAGAUGCGAUUAAUCACGAUUAAUCGAUUUGACAGUACUAGAUUGUCAGAUUGAUUAAUUGCGAUUAAUUGCUUCUAAGAUAAGUUUGUUUAAAUAUAAUAAUACAUACACACAUAUAUUAUGUAAACAAACUUAUCUUGGAAGCGAUUAAUUGAUUUGACAGUACUAGAUUGUCAAAUUGAUUAAUCGCGAUUAAUCGCUUCUAAGAUAAAAGUUUGUUUCAAUAUAUUAAUACAUACACACAUUAUGUAUUUAAAUAUUAUAUAUAUAUAUAUAUAUAUAUAUAUAUAUAUAUUCACAUAUAUAUUAUGUAAACAAACUUUUAUCUUAGAUGCGAUUAAUCGCUAUUUACCGAUUAGAUGGCACUAAACGUAUUUUACUGUCUCUCAUUUUAUGUUUAAAGGUGCAGUCACAUUUACUGUUGUUCAGUGAAUUUUCACAGGCAAAAUCCAGUCAUUUCAAUAGAAAUCCACGUGAUUUUUGCGGGAAUUUCACAAAUGAUUUCCCCACACAGAUUUCGCAACGGGUUCAAGUUGGUCACGCAAAUUCGCCGUGUUGACCAACGGAAAGCUGCUUGGUAUGAAAGUGACUUCUGUGUGAGCUGUGCUUCAAACAUCUCUACAUUAUUAAUAUUAAACAAUUGACCUUUUUUGCUCGCAAAAUGUGACCGCACCUUAAGUGAGCCUCACUUAACGUAUUGUUUUAUGAGGCAACAGUAUCACUAAAUGUAGAAAUCUCUUCCAUUAUUGUCUCUCUUGAUCUCAUGCACUAUUUAUUGUCAUAGGGCUUUAAAUGAACUACAUUUAGUGCUUAUAAGUCAUUGCCAAUCUAACCUGCACUCUUAAUGGUAUAAAAUUAAAUUAGUCUCUUAAUUUGUGAGAAUAACUAUUGCUAAUGAUAAUAUAGUGCAGAACAUUGUACGUUCUCAAGCUUGUUGCUUUUUUAUGUGAUGAUAAUGAGCUGCCAGAGAGCAAACAGGGUUUGCUAAUUGAAUGUGUUAACAAAAACUCCCUUUUAGCUAGUUGAUAAAAUAGUACAAAUACAGAAAAUGGUGUGAGAUGAAACUGAAAUAGAAAAUUUCACUUAUUGGCUAUAAUAUGCUAUUUUGUAAGGUAAUUUUAUAUAACAUUUGCUUAAUUUAAAAAGACUUUUGUCUGAUUUCUUUAGAAUUUAAGAGUUAAUUUAAUGGGUUAAAUAACCGUAAGCAUAAUUGGAUGAAUGUAUAUUCCAGAAUAUAAAACAGAAAGGAUGCAUAAACGCCCCAUUGUAUGAAAAAUGAUAAGGAAAAGAGUUUUGUGAUUUUUGUUUCUCUUAUUUUUAUGUAUGGAAGCUUUUUGACUUAGGUUAUAAAUUGGUCAAUUUCUCUGUAGUUUUAUAGAAAGAAAUUGAGCAUAUCUUGCAUAGAUUUUUUACACAAGGAACAUUUUUAGAAAUUUAAAAGGUUUACAGUGGUACUUUAAUACCUUGCACUGUAAUUUCUGAAGUCUGUGCUUUGUUUCAUACUGAAUUUGUUAUCAGCUUUCAUGUGUGCUGCUGUGGACAACCUCAACAAGACUGAAUUUGUAGUAAAAUGCUUUUAUGCUUCA